GGAAAUUGCUGAAAAACACCGCACGCGAAUUAGUGCGGUUCAAUGUACUCGAAAUUAUCUGAACAUAGCUAAGGAUAAUGAUCGACACGCAAUAGAUGGUCAGUUCAUGCGACACAACAGUCAAAAAAUACGCUGCCCUUCGGGCUCGUUAUUGCGCUCGUCUCGCGCGGAGUUGCUUCUUCCCGAGGAAGAAGAUUCCGACAAGCACGGCUAACGCAGUAUGAAAUACCGCUACACGGAUGAUCCCUGUAUUAGCCGCGUAGCGUGCGCUCGCACCUGAACUCCGCUGCCGCCGGUGGCGACACGGUUGAGCGCCACUGGUGCUUUCUCGUACCUGCGGGUACGACCGUGACGCACACCUGUGCGCCCGUCCCAUGCGGCCACGUUGUAUACGUGCAUACACACAUACAGGUACACACACAUACGAAUACGCGCGCAUACGCAUACACUGUUGUACGUGGUGCACGGGCAUUUCGCAGUCGCGGAAGGCGCAUGCGCGCUCACCGUGGCUCCAAUCGGAUCCGAUCGUUUCCUUCGCUUUCGCGUCGCGUCGCGUCGCGUCGCCUCGCGACUCCUCGCCCGUGGCUACGUUCAGUUCGGCCGAUCGCUCCCGCACCGUUAGCUCCGAUCGCUGUGAUUCUCCUUGCGGGUCUCCCGACUAUCUGCCGUCCUCUUCUAUCCAUCUCUCCGGCCGUCGUCGGACAGCCGCGAGUAACGUCGUGUCGCACGUUAUUCACAACGUAACGUCGCGUCGCGUCGCGUCGGUCUCCUCUCUUUCCCUGGUGCCAGCACAGGUGUUGGUAGAGUUCAGUGGCUGACAGGGAUACAUCAUCGCCACCGAGGCGAUAUCACCUAUUCUCUUCGUAGUUUCGCCGGAACUUGUAUCGCGUCGCUCAGUAUCGACGAAGGGACGACGGAAGGUGAAGAGCGGUGAAUGAGAGCUCCUCCACAUCGCGAAUCCCGGCUGAUGCACGGCCGGCGAGCAAACUGGAACGAUAACGAAGGAUGGUGAGCUCUCGUACGCCCGGUGUCAACAACGUCACGGCUGCUAAUAACGCGGCUAAUAACGAGGCCGACGACGUGUCCUCGUCGCCCGAUAGCACCGACGUCGGCGUCGGGCUCGGCGAGGACGAGAGUCGUGUGAACGGCGUCCCUGAGAACGGCGGAGACGGCGGUGUACGCGGCGGCGGUAGCAACGGUGACGGUGACGGUGACGGUGACAGUGGUGGCAGCGGCGGCGACGGCAGUGCCAACGUCGGAUGGAGUCAGAGCGGCCCGCCGUCGCUCUCGAUGUCGGUCGACCUGCACAACCUCGUGACGAGCACGAAUCAUCAAGACUCCGGCCGAUACUCGGUGAGUCCGGAUCACGCCGGCGGCGCGACGCCCGCCGCAGCAGUUGUCAAGAUCGGCUGCUACGACGAGGAGGAGAGCUACGAAGGCUUCGGUUCCGUCGAGGGCGACGCCGACGACGGCCCGGAUUCACCGGGUGGUAGCAGUUCCGCACCAUCGCCCACUGGCACCAGUUCCCGCAGAAAUCCGAGGAGCCCAAACUCCACCGUCGGGAGACAUUCUUGGCUUCGUAGCUCAUUGCGGAGAACGCCACCUUGCUCGGGAAGGAAGAGGCUGAGCUCGAACGCGUUAGCGAGCCAGCUCUAUCGCAGUGGCAGCUUCAACAGCUCAGGGAUGGGCUCAAACUACGAUGCUGCGGACGACGUGUACAGUGACGUAUCCUUGGAGGACGUGAUGGAUCUCAGCCACAAAGUUCAAAUGAUUCAAGAGCAGAUGCAUGCCUUGGUGGACACUAAGUCGGUCGGCGAGGAGAGGUACGCUCGAGCGAAGCAGGAGAAUGCGACGUUGCAGGCGCGCAUACUGAUGCUCGAGGAAGCGGCCAAAGAUGCGGAAACGAGAGCUGAGGAGAGGCUUCAAGCUGAGCAACGGAGGCAUCGCGAAUGGGCGUGCCGUUUGGAACGCGAACGUCAGUUACAACUGGAGAACUACGCGAUCAAGCUGCAAGCGGUGGAGCUGGACAGCUCCAGCUUGCGGGAUGAGAUCGCGCGAGUCCGCGAGCAGCUGGAGAGAGCGCGGGCAGAUAAGACGCGACUCGAGAACGAUCUUCAAGAGGCCAGGAGGGAAGCGGACGCUGCGCGCGAAAGUGAACGCCACGCGGUGAGCCGAGCGAACGAGGCUCAUCAUCUGCUCGAAGCCAUGAGAGAGGAACUUUCGUUGCACGUCGAGGAUCAGCAGAGGCUCGAGGAAUUGGUGCAGCAGGUGGCGCAGCUUCAAGCUCGCAAUAAGAAUUUGGAAGAAUCUCGGGACGAACUGCAAGCCGCGGCCGCGUUGCAGGCAGGUCGUGAACUCUUAAUGUUGAAUCCUUGCAACAGUAACGCUGAGAAGGGGCCUAGUCUCGCCGUGGAGCUGUUAGCCGGCAUGAAUCCAGAUCAGAUAGACGGACAAAGAUUCGGGGAAUUCGGCGAACCGUACACGAUGGCUGAGGUGAAGCAGGCAUUGAAGGAGCAACAAGAAGUGAACACACAGUUGAGAACAUACAUCGACGGGAUCCUGUUGAACAUUGUGGAGAAUUAUCCCCAAUUGUUAGAGGUGAAACAAACACACUGAAACAUAGUGCAUAUAGAGUCUAAUAUCCUCGAGGCGGUCGUACGUUAACUCUCUUCAUCAGGCCGACAGAAGAGCUGCCGAAAAAGCUGCUUAGUGAACACUCUCGGCCAAUAUACAAUUGUAUUUUAUAUAACAAAGUUUUUUAACGCAAAAUUCUCUCAGUGCGGAAGAGAGUGCAUUGAAUCCGCCCGCGAGGUGGGGAGUGAAUUUUAACCGGAAGCCAUUUGCUGCUUGAUGAAAUGACAAUUUGACUCUUGGGCGGUGCGAGAGAGCCCGGGGGACGUCGAGAGGACGUCUAAUGAACUCGGUCGUCCUCUAGACUUCUUUCCUGCUGACGUCCCGUGUAUUCUCGCGUCGAUCAGGAUCGAAAUGUGUACUCGUUUUAAAAUCCGCCCGAGGUCGUUGAGCCUCGGAUGGAUUGUUUAGAAAAGUGAUGCUACUGCAGUCAUGUGUAACACGGUUACAAGAGGAAGAGGGGGAGGAAGAUUUCCAACCCGUUCGGUUUCGUUCCGUAAGACGAGCUUUGCGCUCCUUUACGUAUGUAGAUACAUACAAACACACAUAGUUCGCUCCAACCGAUUCGUGCCGACUCAACCACUGCCGCAAUCGUUAGUUUUACAGCGAGUUAACGUGUAUUUGUCGUUACCAGGACGGUGAGAGCGAAUCUCGAUUACGUUACGUUUUCUCUCGAUUGUUAUCGCCGUCGAAUAGCUUGUACGAGAGUUACCUAAGUGAAUACGACAUGCGAUAUGUGACAACGGGGUUUACAUGACUGUGCUAUGUGUCACGAGAGCUGUGAUGCGUUAGAGUACCUUUUAAAUUAAAAAAUUUAGCGUCGCAAUAUAUACACAUACAUACGAGAUAUACGACAUACACACACACACAUGAAACCUAACCAAGACAUAUACCUAUAAUUAUAUAGGUGGAAAUCGUGUACUCUAGAUCUUUAUACCGAAAGUUAGUAAAAUUCUAAUUAAAUGGUUA